AUGCGCCAGGAGAUAAAAGAGUGGAGAAGAAACUGGAAAUCUCGUUUUCUCCACAGACCCAACACGUCCGAACCCGAGAAAACGGGAAUUGAAGGUGGCCCCACGUCUCAGACUUCAGCAUCCAGCCGGGAUAGCAUAAACCAGGCACAGGAUACCCUUCAUCUGCACGACUUAUGGCAAUCCGCGUAUGACCAACUAGACCAGAAGGAACAGCAGAUUUUAUCGACUUUGGCCAUCUCUACCCAUUUAGAAAGCAAGAAGAAUGGAUGUUCCCAAACGGAGCUUAUGGUUGAGAAGGUGAUCGAGAGAACCAAGCAACAAUAUGAAAGUUACCAGAACGGGGGUUUAAAGAUCCGGAGAUCAACGGGCGAGUAUAUUGAUCUUCGAACACUUUCACGCAAUAUAAUUGAUGCGGCAUUGUCCUUCAAAGAUAUUAUUAGCGCCGUGGUGGCCUAUGAUCCUACUCACCAUGCCGCAAGCGCUUGGGCUGUGGUGUCACUCGGUUUGACGAUAGCCAAAAACCGCUUGGACCUCCGUGAUGCUUUGUUUGGAUCUUCAGAGUAUUUGGCGGAUGUCCUUACCCGAUGUGCCUAUGUUGAAGAAAAGAUCUACCGCAACGACUCUAAUGAAAGAGCCGAAAUAGGACACGCAAUUAUCAAUGUCUAUAAAAGAAUCCUCCAGUACGCAGCAGAGGUCUUGACUACUCAGGAAUAUAGUAUAGGAAGAAGGAUACAGGACAGUGUCACUGCAAUCACCAAGCAACGCCUUGUAGAGUUUCAAUCCUCUGUUAAGGAAGAAGAGCAAUAUCUGCAUCAAUGGGUCCAGCUGGAUCAGUAUUUGCACCACAAUAAAGAAGCGGACCGUCUUUUGACCCAAUGCAACGAAAUAAUAGGGUCUCUUCAAACUCUUAUCCAGAAGUUCAGUUUACCUAUUGCAGAAGGAGCCUUGUAUGACUCCUAUGAUAAUCAACAUAAAGACAGAUGCCUUCCAAAAACCCGCACUGAGCUUCUUCACCAAGUUACAGAGUGGGGUGAGUCACCGCAUAGCAAAUGUAUAUUUUGGUUAAAUGGCAUGGCAGGAACGGGAAAGUCCACCAUCGCUAGAACAGUCGCUCAAUCGUUUAGAGAGAAGGGACUACUCGGAGCAAGCUUCUUCUUCAAAAAGGGAGAAGCGGAUCGGGGUAAUGCAAAAAGAUUUAUAUCAACAGUUACCAAACAAUUGAUCUGCUGUCAUCGUCGGCUAGCACCAGAUAUUAUGGCUGCAAUUGAUAACGAUCCGGAUAUUUCCACAAAAGCUCUUAGUCAACAAUUUGACAAACUUCUCCUUCAACCACUACUGAAGUUGGAAUUAAAUGAGCCUACUUCGACGGUGAUUGUGAUUGACGCAUUAGAUGAGUGUGAACAAGAGAAGGAUAUAAGAGUUCUACUCCAGCUUUUGCCGCAGGUGCAAAAGUCUAAAGAUCUGCGUCUGCAGAUAUUUUUGACAAGCAGACCUGAGCUGCCCAUUCGGCUUGGCUUUCAGCAAAUCCAGGAACAUCAGGACCUGGUGCUUCACAAGCUUCCCAAUUCAGUCAUUGAAGGCGACAUACGGCUAUUCCUCCAACAUCAACUGGGAAAAAUACAGAAGGAGCAUUCAUUGUCCCCUGGUUGGCCAGGUGAGGAUAUCAUUGAUAUUUUAGUAGCGAAGUCCGUUCCUCUCUUUAUCUUUGCCGCCACUCUAUGUCGCUUUAUCGGUGAUGGGAAACAGCGUCCAGAAAAGCGGCUGGCAGCCCUUCUCCAGUCUAGGGCAGUCGCACCAGCAUCCCAUAUGGAGAGGAUAUACCAGCCAGUGUUGGAGCAACUUCUCAAUCCCCAAGAUAUGGAGGAUUCAAAGGAGAUUCUGAGAGAGUUUCGGGAUAUAGUUGGCGUUAUCAUUCUUCUGGCUUCCCCGCUCAAAGUCCAUACGCUUGGAAAGCUGCUUUCUUUACCGGAGGACGAUAUCUGCCACCUAUUAGAUAAAUUACGUUCCGUUCUUAGUAUUCCGGAGAAUACCACGGAUGCACCAAUUCGCACCCUGCACUUGUCAUUCCGGGAAUUUCUUCUUCAUACAGAGAGUGUCUUCCAUAUUAAUGAGAAGAAAACGCAGCAACAGAUUGCAUUACACUGUCUUCGUGUCAUGGAGCUCAACCUCAAGCACAAUAUCUGCGGUCUAUCAAGUUAUGGAACACAACGUGAAGAAAUUGAGAGUCAAAUUAUUAACAAGUGUCUCCCGGUAGAGCUGCAAUACUCCUGCCGCUAUUGGGUGUAUCAUCUCGAGCAUAGCAGAAGCCAGGUACAUAAAGCAGAAGUGCUUCCAUUUUUGAAAAAGCACUUUCUCCACUGGAUAGAGGCAAUGAGCUUGAUGGGCUUGAUAUCGGAGGUUAUCAAUAUAAUAAGUAUGUUGCAGUCAAUCACAAGAAGCGACUUGUCUUCCGAGCUUUUAUUAUUCUUGCAUGAUGCCAAGCGGUUUGUUCUCAAAAAUAGUUAUAUUUGCAACAAUUACCCCCUCCAGUUAUACUGCUCUGGACUUGCGUUUGUGCCUACAUGCAAUAUAAUAAGGAAGGUGUUCCAAGAAAGCCAAAGAUGGAUAUAUACCUUACCACAGGUUGAAAAGGUAUGGAGCGCAGAGCUGCAAACCCUAGAGGGCCAUUCUGGCUCAAUUUACUCAGUGGCCUUCUCCCCGGACAGUCAGACAGUUGCCUUCGGCUCCCGUGAUAAGACUAUCAAGCUUUGGGAUGCCCAGACCGGCCAGCAGCUGCGUACAUUAGAGGGCCAUUCUUACUGGGUUAACUCAGUGGCCUUCUCCCCAGAUAGCCAGAUAAUCGUCUCUGGCUCCCGUGACAAGACUAUCAAACUCUGGGAUGCCACGGUUGGCCGGCAGCUAUAUACUUUGCAAGGCCAUUCUGACUCGAUUUACUCGGUAGUCUUCUCCCCCGAUGGUCAGACAAUCGCCUCUGGCUCCGCUGAUAAGACUAUUAAGCUCUGGAGUACUAAGACCGGUCAGCUUCUGCGUACCCUGGAUGGCCAUUCUGACUCAGUUAACUCGGUGGCCUUCUCUCCAGACGGCCAGAUCGUCGCCUCCAGCUCAGAUGACGAGACGAUUAAGCUUUGGGAUACUAAGACCGGUCAGCUGCUGCGUACCCUGGAGGGCCAUUCCCACUACAUCAACUCGGUGGUCUUCUCUUCGGACGGCCAGACAAUCGCCUCUGGCUCCUAUGAUGAUACUAUUAAGCUCUGGGACACCAAGACCGGUCAGCAGCAACGUACCCUGGGGGGUCAUUCUGACUUAGUUCGAUCAGUGGCCUUCUCCGCAGCCGGUCCGAUAGUUGCCUCUGGCUCCUAUGAUAAGACUAUCAGGCUCUGGAACUCCAAGACCGGCCAGCAGCUACACACCCUAGAGGGUCACUCUGACUGGGUUAACUCGGUAGCUUUAUCCCCGGACGGCCAGACUGUUGCCUCUGGCUCCCGUGACAAGACUAUCAAGCUCUGGGACACCAAGGCCGGUCAGCAGCUACGGACCCUAGAUAGUCACUCCAGCUGUGUUAGCUCGGUAGCCGUCUCCCAGAAUGGCCAGAUAGUUGUUUCUGGCUCCCGUGACAAGACUAUUAAGCUCUGGGAUGCUAAGACCGGUCAGCAGCUGCACACCCUAGAGGGUCACUCUGACCGGAUUAGUUCGGUAGCUCUCUCCCCGGAUGGGCAAACAGUCGCCUCCGGCUCCUCUGAUAAGACUAUUAAGCUCUGGGAUACUAAGACUGGUCAACUACUACGCACCCUAGAGGGCCAUUCUGACCGGGUUAUUUCGGUGGCAUUCUCCCCGGACGGCCAAACGGUCGCCUCCAGCUCGGAUGACGAGACAAUCAAGCUCUGGGAUGCCAAGACCGGUCAGCUGCUGCGCAUCCUGGAGGGCUAUUCUGAUUCGGUUAGCGCGGAGACAGUCUUCGUGGAGGGCCAGACGUUGAGCUUCCCAAUAUCUGUUGAGGAUGACUGGGUGACCAUUGUGGCAGAAAAGAUAUUGUGGCUCCCUUCUACCUAUCGCCAAUUUUCCUGUUUUGGCGCCAACGGGGGUACACUUGCCCUUGGGUAUGCAGAUGGACGAGUGUGCAUCAUGGGGUUUCGUGCACCUACUGUGUAG